AAUAAUAAUCUCUCUCGCCAAUCCCACAUGGCCCUAACCAUUUCUUCACCAUCAGAUGUCAACAGCCGCCAUCACCGCCAUCUUUCCUCCUCCACCUCCGGUUCCUAUCCCUACUUAUAUAACUACCCUCGGUCUUGGCUACCCCAUAGCCAUAGCUCUUGGUUUCCUCCUUCUUAUCUCCACCAUCAUCCUCAUUUGUUGCCGCGCCUCUCGCCUCCGCUUUUCUGCCUCCGCCGUAAACGGGGAUUCUUCUUUCGGUAACCGUAGCAUAAUCGUCCCAAGAAUCAUAUUCGUAGCCGCAGACGAUGAUCUAGAGUCACCUGUUUCUAGUAACGUCGUUGUAGGUGGACUUGAUCAAGCGAUCAUUAACUCUUACCCUAAAUUCCCAUACACCAAAGAAGAUGGCCUUGGGUUGCUUCCACGCUCGAUGCACCAAACGUUAACGUCCGUUUUCCUUGAUAUUUCUCAAUCGAAGAUUAACGCCGUUAACGUUGCAGGGCCGUUGAAGAAGCGAAGAUAUAUCGUUUGUUUGGUAGAGAGAAGCCUGUUCACAAGGUUCUCUGUGGUGGCUUGCGUACGUUUUCCUUCUACUCCCUCCUCUGUUUUAAUCGCUCAUCUCCUACUUCACUGACGCUUUGAUCUGCAUUACAAGGAUCUAGUUAUUGGCAAGUCAUCUCAAGCCCAACCGUCUCAAGCCCAACAAGUGAAGCCCACUCCAGCAAAUCUUCAAACCCCUUCAACGGCUCUCUGCGACAAAGACGGAGCAAGAGAAGAGAAAAGAAAGGGAAAGCAGGUCAUGACAUCACCAAAUGGUCCUGGAUUGUACAACUCAUUCUCAGCCUUAGGAUCUCUUGGAGAAGAAGGAUGAUGACAUGUGUAAUAGGAAUUAGGGCUUUCACUUGUUUCUAUUUAAGCAAUCUCAAUCCAUUGUAAAACCUUAGGAAGCAAGAAAUAGAAAUCUCAGUUUCAGAA